AAUUGAGGGGAAGGUCGCCGCGAGUGCCACUCAGGCAGUCAUCGGACGGAUGAUGCCAAGGGAACUGAAUUUCCCCGGCAGCAGUCGUCGUCAGUUGUACUCUGGACUCGGCGACGAUAUCAAGCAAAUCGGUCGAAAGUGCAAGUGGAAAACGCGCGAUGCUCUGCUGUCUGGAGCAACAGACUGUUCUGCUGUCCUAGCUACCUACCGACCUACAAGGGAACACUAGAAGUGAGUGUGGAGCCUGUUUGUGACCGUCAUGGGUGAAGAACACACCACCAAGCAAGAGUUGAGCCUCUUUGAAGUGCAAAUAUCCUGUGAAUUGCAUUAGGAAGCAAGGAGGAAGAGGCAGGGUGAUUGCUAAUCAAAGUGGAAGAUGGAAUUUUCACUUUGUUGAUCGUCGUCAUAGCAGGCCUUGUUUCCAUCCUCUGUGGAGAAGAAAAGGACAAACGAGAGGAAUACCGAUCCAUGGUUGCUGCGAUUGAGUGAAUUGACGGGAAAUUGUAUGUUACGUUCCGCCCAGGCUACUGGGAUGAUGGAUGGGUGGUGGUGAAGUGCAUCGAAGGAAGUGAUUAAUCAACCGUAUGUAAAUGUAAUUAUACGACCGGGGAAGGCCACUCAGUGGAUAAUCGCGGUUCGCCAAGGGUGGCGGUGGGAAGUGUGCACGACAAGUGAUCGAAAAAGCGGAAGGAAGUGGCCUUGAGCUGCCAUCAGCCAGGUGGAAUGUCUUCUUAGUCGUCGUGUGAAGGCUUUUAUAAUUAGAUUUGGAUUACUUGUACGCCUGGUCGCUGGAAGGUUGUGAAAAGAGCGAAGAAAGAAGAAAAUUUUCCCACUCGUCCCGGUACUUCGUCACAUUUGCCAAUUAGGCUUCCUUCCUGCUUCUUAAUGCUCGGCAGCUCCUAGAUGGCUUUUUCGUUUGUUGGUGGCUCCCUCUGAAGUGAAGUGGGUGGCGAAAACGCAAUUCAUGCAAUAUUAACAUCGUGUCCAGGCGAAAUUUCCUGCUCGCGUGAAAGACGGCAGUAAUCGUGGAAGAAGAAGCAUUUAGUGUGAGUGUGUGACUUGAUAACAAGAAGCUUGUUACAUAAAACCAUAAUACGUCGUCGUGAAAGUCCAGAGGAAAAAGGAUAUUUCAGCUGAUUUUUCUCAUCCCUCACUGCCGCCCGAUCUAGUAGGCAGAGGAUUCGGAGCACGAACGGUGUGACGACAGACGGUGCUUCCAAACGGCAGCAAAAUGAUCCAAAUUAAGAAAGAUAAUCAUCAUCAUUGUCAUCGACUGGAACACUAAACGGUCACCCAGAGUAGUACUAAAGCCAAACCGGGCCCAUAACCAACAACCAUGACAACCGCCCAGUUACCAGCACCAGCAGAAGCAGUGAGGGCACUUGUUCCGAAGAAUAGUCCUGCUGCGAUCCAUUUAGGGCACCACCUCAAAAGAAGCUAGGACACGACUGGUGACUGUGCCUUGUGUGCCACCACCGACCGCAGAGUUAUACUAUCAAAGUGAACGUACCUACGAUACUAAAAGCCCGGUGGAAACUCGACACCAUUCAAACCGACGACCGACGACAGUCAAAAAGCUCAGCCGCAGAGAGCGGCCAACGGGGUGUUGCAAGCAAUCGACACAAAACCGGUGAAUCGCAUGGGAACACGUGCUGGGGGGGAGUUGAAGCCAGACACAGAGCGGUAGACACAGUAGGCGAAGAACAAAACACUUUUAUCCGCAUCUCCCGUGCUGGGGUGCGGGAGAGGUGGGAGCACUGAGUAGGCGAGUGUGUCUACUCGUCCUUGUUUUAGUAGCACGGCACCACAACAACCGGUGUGCGAGGGAGGACUUGAAAGGAGGAGAAAAGCUCCAUCAUGUUGAUAAAGGAGUAUCGGAUACCGCUGCCGCUGACGGUGGAGGAGUAUCGAAUAGCGCAGCUCUACAUGAUAGCGAAAAAAAGUCGCGAAGAAAGUAAAGGCGCCGGAAGUGGGGUGGAAAUCAUCGUCAACGAACCGUACGAAGACGGCCCGGGCGGCAAGGGUGGCCAAUACACGAGGAAAAUCUAUCACGUGGGCAGUCACCUGCCGGGCUGGAUCAAGGGCCUGCUUCCGAAGAGUGCCCUCACCGUCGAGGAGGAAGCAUGGAAUGCCUACCCGUACACGAAAACCCGCUAUACCUGUCCGUUUGUGGAGAAGUUUUCGCUGGAAAUCGAAACGUACUAUUUUGGCGAUAACGGUCACCAGGAGAACGUGUUCAAGCUUAGCGGAAGCGACUUGCGGAACCGACUGGUGGACACCAUUGAUAUUGUUAAGGAUCAGCUGUAUGGGGCGGAUUACAUCAAAGAGGAGGACCCGACGCUGUACUGCUCGGAGAAGACCGGGAGGGGGCCGUUGGGGGACAAUUGGUUGGCUGAGUAUUGGGAUGAGGUUCGGGAUAAGGCGCAACCUACGGCGCGCAACAUGUCGCUGAUGUGUGCCUACAAGCUGUGUCGGGUAGAGUUCCGGUACUGGGGUAUGCAGACCAAGCUGGAGAAGUUCAUCCACGAUGUGGCGCUGCGGAAAACGAUGGUCCGGGCCCACCGGCAGGCAUGGGCCUGGCAGGACGAGUGGUACGGACUGACCAUGGACGAUAUUCGGGAGAUUGAACGACAGACACAGCUGGCCCUGCAGAAGAAGAUGGGCAAUGAGGACGAUGAUGAUGAAGAUCCCAGCGCAUCGGAGAACAACAGCCGGCAAUCGAACCAGUUCAAUUCGAUCGAGAAAACGGAAGAGAAUUCCACGCCUCAGGUCAUGAAGAAACCGACGAUAGCGCCACCUUCGCCACCGCUACAGCAGAAGCAGACGCGGCAACAGCAGUACGGCCAGGUACCGAUUCUGCAGCAGCCGCCCAAGGCUAGGAAGCACGUGGCAAUGGUGACGACCUCUACGGCGGCCGAGGAUAGUUCCGACGAAGAAGAUGAAGAGGAAGACGAGGAUGAGGAAGCGGAAGAAGAGGAGGCGGCGAAUCUACACAGUCAGCAGAGCAAUCAUCUGGGCAGUGGCGGCACUGGAGUGGCGAAACACUUUGCGGGAUCGAAGGGGCAGCUGCACUCGCCACUAGGGUCGGCGCAUAGUUUUGAUCUGCAGAUUGCAAACCUCCACCACCAACACCACAACCAAAACCGUCACACAGUAGCUCAAAAGAAUGUUGCUAACUGGCGAAUGGAGAAACUGGAGGUGGAUUCCAAAUCCGGCUCCGAAGAAGAAUUUUUCGACUGUUUAGGUGAUAUGGGUGAGCACGCAUCACUGGCCAAGUGGAGUUCGCUGGAGCUGCUCGCCGAGGAGGACGAUAGUCCCCCAGUGCCAAGUGCUUCCAAGCAUCAGGAGGACUCCAUCUUUAGUCACAGUUACCUACAAAGAGUCGCAUCCGAGCGCGGAAGUCGCCGGCCCACGCUCGGCGCAUCGUCCAGUAUAGACCGCGGCAACGGAACCGGUGAUUCGCCACCCGGAUCCCCAGGACUGCCGUCCUGUCCAACGACAGUGCUGGUACUCAUCAUGCACGCCGGCAGUGUUCUCGAUGCCAACUCGGACAUGACGGCGAAGAAAUCCGACGUGACGACCUUCCGAGGGGCGUUCGAAUCGGUGAUGCGACAGCACUACCCCUCGUUGGUGGGCCACGUGGCGAUUCGGCUGGUUCCGUGUCCGUCCGUGUGCACCGACGCGCUGGGAAUUCUGUCCAGCCUCAGUCCAUACUCGUUCGAUGCUUCUCCGUCGACGGCCGACAUUCCGACCCUAACGGACAUCCCAAUCGGAGCCAUUCCACUGCUGACGACCUGCUCGCCGGAUUUCCAGGAUGCCGUGAACCGAUCAGUUGCCAGUGCCAAUAUGGUGUACGCGGAGUUCCUGAAGACCGACGAGGGAAAAGGGUUUAACGGACAGGUGGCGUUGAUCGGAGACUCCAUGGGAGGUGUCCUGGCUCACGAUGCCUUAUGCAGAGUCACUGCCCGACAUGGGAGCGAAGCUUCCGGGCUUGACCACAUCGUAGACUUCAUGGAAGUCAAUGACCUGGAUGUUAACAAGCUCCUGACAGCACCUUCGCCGCGGAGAAGAUCCUCUUCUACCAGCGAAUCGAGACUUCCAAAAUUUGAUUUCGAAGUUGGAGACUUCUUCAUGUUCGGAAGUCCGUUGGCCGUUAUCCUGGCAGCUCGGCGACUGAGCGAUUCUCGUAGCGGGACCAACAAGCCGUCCUGCUCGCAAAUCUACAACCUAUUCCACCCGACCGAUCCGACCGCGUCCCGAUUGGAACCUCUGUUGAGUGCUCGCUUCUCAAUGCUUGCUCCGGUCAAUGUCCCUCGGUAUGCCAAGUACCCUCUGGGCAACGGCCAGCCGUACCACCUCCUAGAAUUGAUCCAGUCUAGCCCGCAGAUCUUCAGCGAUGGUCCACCGCCUCGACGCCUAUCGGAUACAUCGAUACAAAGCACCAUCUCCGGCAUGAUCGACAACGUCCCACUGACCACGAUCAACCAACUUCAGCAGCGCUGGUGGGGUUCCAAACGCCUAGACUACGCUCUCUACUGUCCGGAAGGUCUAAGCAACUUUCCGGCACACGCUCUACCCCAUCUGUUCCACGCCAGCUAUUGGGAAUCCAGUGACGUGAUCGCCUUUAUCUUACGACAGAUCGGCCGAUUCGACAAUCUGACCCUCGUCGGUCCGGAUGAUAAGGAGAUCUCGUCCUUCCGACCGGCGCAGGCUCGGGAGAAAUGGAACAAAAAGCGGACCUCCGUCAAGCUGAAAAACGUGACGGCUAACCACCGGGCCAACGACGUGAUCGUCAAGGACGGCGAACCUCAGAAGAUGGUAGCCCGAUUCAUGUACGGACCACUGGACAUGAUCACCCUAGCCGGCGAAAAGGUCGAUGUUCACAUUAUGAAGGACCCACCCGGUGGUGAAUGGACCCUCAUGGCGACGGAGACCACCGACAAGAAUGGACGAAUUACCUACGUUGUGUCGGACGAACGAUCGCUAGGGUACGGAAUCUACCCGGUAAAAAUGGUUGUGCGAGGUGAUCACACCUCUGUGGACUUCUACCUGGCCGUGGUACCUCCGCGGACGGAAUGUGUCGUGUUCAGCAUAGAUGGCUCUUUCACGGCAUCCGUCUCCGUAACCGGAAAGGACCCUAAGGUCCGGGCUGGUGCGGUUGACGUCUGCCGACACUGGCAAGAACUGGGCUACCUGCUGAUCUACAUUACCGGUCGACCGGACAUGCAACAGCAACGGGUCAUGUCCUGGCUAAGCCAGCAUAACUUCCCUCACGGAUUGGUAUCCUUUGCCGACGGACUAUCUACGGAUCCCCUAGGUCACAAGGCAGCCUAUUUGAACAAUCUGAUUCAGAAUCAUGGAGUGGUUGUCCAUCUCGCUUACGGAAGUAGCAAGGACAUCAGCGUCUACACCAGUAUCGGAUUGAAACCCAAGCAGAUCUUCAUCGUUGGGAAGGUGAGCAAAAAGCUCCAACCCCUGGCGACCCCAUUGACCGAAGGUUACGCCUCCCACCUGGCAUCGCUGAUAACCCCUGGGGGUUCGCGUGCCGCCCAGGGCAACGCCCGCAUGGUCAUCCCACGGGGCUGCUUCAAUCUACCCGGCCAGAAUCAAUCCAUUCGCAGGCGAAGCAACGAGGCAGGAGUGUCCUCGCCAGCCCGCAGCGGAUUUCUCAAACGGAAGACAUAUCUACACUAAGCAGAGAAGGGUGGAGCUGCGAGAGGUUUCGAAACUUCUCUAGAGGAACUACUUUUAACGAUUUACGAUUUUACGACCGCAACUUGCUCUACUAUCAACGCAUUCACAUGCGGAGCCGUCUGUCUGGUGAGGACUCGUGGAUCAGAUGCUGAGAGGAGGCAACACACACUGGGAACUAUGGUUGGAUCUGUCACUUGGUACCUGGCUCAAAGAAGACUGUCUCUCACCCGUUGUAAGAACGAUGUGACCCGUUCGUAGAACGUGUUAAUCAAAUGAAAUAACAAAACGAAAAUCCAAAAAUCGUAUGCAAACAAGAGGCGUUGUGUAAAGACACAUCUAGCAAACGUAUAACAGAAGCGUUGAAACUGGUAAGUAGCGCCAAAAACUGACUACAAACAGCUGUAUAAUCUCGUUGGCUAAGUGUGUGUAUGUAAGUAGGGAGAGAGUACACAUGGUAGUUGUAUAAAAAUCCUUGUACAGAAGAUGCGCUUUGAUGUCAAACAGUCGGAAUUCAGCUGUGUGCGUAAAGCAAUUUAUAUCAAGUUAAAACAAAAGAAAAAAACUGUCGUUAGAAAGUCCAAAUCCUUUCAAUAUCAAAAUUAAGAACAAAACUGUAAACGUUACAGCUGUAUCGGUGUAAUAUGUUGACGUCCUCCUGUUGUUAGAGUAUUAAGGCACUCUUCCCCAGAGUAAAGCGAGAGAGAGAGCGAGAGUAAGACAAAAUAGAUGUUUGUUGAUAUUUUAGACACGUACUACUACACUACCAAAAAUGGGGAAAAAACGGGCAUUCUGGGGAUUGUUUGGAGAGAUAAUCUCACUUCAAUGUUAGUAAUAUAUUGCAAAAAAAAAGUAGUAAAAAAUGUUAGCAUUUAUUCGAGGGCACGAUGUGAACGCGGGAAUAGGAAACCAAGAUAUUCUAAAGAGAUAUUUGUUACACUCUUAUAUAAACGUACGAUAUAGAUCUUGUUAUUGAGGUUGUUGACUUUGUUUUGUUUUCAAUCAGGUACACUCUUGGGGUCAAGAGUGUACGCACGCAUUUCCCUGUUUUGGAUAUUGUUCCUACUCGUUACUCUAGUCGAUUGUAAAAACACAAAAAUGUCGAUAUGCUUAUAGUUUGAACAUUGGAAUUUGUGUUACAUAUUCAAAGUAAUUCAGUUUCAUAGUUUGUUAGUUACUUCUGAGAUUCACCCAGAUGUGUUUUUCUGACAUAUCUCAAAGAGGUUCACUAGGGUUUCCUUUAGGAGUUCCAUCUGGGAUUCUCCCAGAAGUUUUGCCUGGGAUUACUCCGAAAGUUUUUCUUGGAUUCCAUCCAGAGUGCCACUUGAAAUCGAUCAGAGUUCCUGGCAUUCUGGCAUUCUUCAGAAAACGCUUUUGGGAUGGGUUUUCCCUUUCAUCGAUGAGCUUCACUUUUACCAAAUCGAAAGUCAACUCCUCCUCGUCUUGGGCCUCGCAGUCCCGGGCCGUGGUCAGCGGAUUGAACGAAUCCGGCAACCCAAGCAAAAUCAAUGCCACCUUGAGAAACUGCCUCAUUUCGAAUCCAGAAUUCUCAACCCGGACUUCUCUAUAUCUGCCAGAUACGUCUUCAGCGCACUAGUACUUCUGGUUCGUAGUCUACUUCAACAACGUUACCUUCUGUCCCAACGAUGCUUUCUGGCGACGGUUCUUCAAUGCCGCCCAAGUAUUGCUCACCUUGGGUUUCCCUAGAAUAAGCCCGCACUGGCUCUCAUCCACCGUCAGUUGGAUCGUGUAAAGCGCUCUUUCGUUUCCUUCAAGCCACGCGUCCGUCACAGGAUUCGGGGGAUUCCCCGGAUCGACAUACUUCCACAUUCGCUCGCGUCGUAGCAGUGCUUGCAUCGAAAAGCACCACGCUUCGAAGUUCGUGUUCGUCAGCUUCACGAUCCGCGGCCACUCCAUCUUCAGACAGCUUCCGGAAAACAGGGAACUUCUAACCUGAGCUGUAUUUUCAGGAACGGCUUCUGCUUUUCAAAUCGAUGAUGGGUUACACAUGCAGGGGCAAAUGACCUUUUCGUAGACCAGCAGGUUCUGGAGCAAAUAACAAACACGUCUUUACUACUACAAGACUGAACGCAAAGAGAAAGUUUUAUUUGAAUUGAACUUACAAUAGGUAAACAAAAGCUACCAGGUUGAUGUGAUCGAAUCUCACGUCAGCAACUUAAAUUCAAAACUAUGUUGCCAUUAGCAACCACUUCGACACGCUUUCCACCGCCAUGCCGUUGAUGUUGCACUAGGGUGUGUCAGCAGUACCUUCUUUUUGAGAAUCUCCCAAGAAAACCUCAAGAAGUUCAUUCUGGGAGUUCCUGGAGAAAACUCUAAAUCGAAUUCCUGGAUUAGCCCGUACAGGCGCUCAUCCACCGUCAGUCGGAUCGUGACCAGCACUCUUUCGCCUGCUUCAAGCCACGCAUCCGUCACAGGAUUCGGGGGAUUUCCGUGAUCGACAUACUUCCACAUUUGCUCACGUCGUAGCAGUGCCUACAUCGAAAAGCACCACGCUUCAAAGUUCGUGUUUGUCAGCUUCACGGUCCAUGCUCAAUCCAUCUUCAGACAGCUUCCGGAAAACAGGGAUCUUCUAACCUGAGCUGUAUUUUCAGGAACGGCCUCUGCAUUUCAAAUCGGAGGGUCACACGUGCCGGGCCAAAUGAUCUUUUCGUAGACCAGCAGGUUCUGAGGCAAAUGAAAAACACGUCUUUACUACUACAAGACUGAACGCAAAGAGAAAGUUUUAUUUGAAUUGAACUUUCAAUAGGUAAACAAAAGCAACCAGGUUGCUGUGAUCGAAUCUCACGUCAGCAACUUAAAUUCAAAACUAUGUUGCCAUUAGCAACCACUUCGACACGCUUUCCACCGCCAUGCCGUUGAUGUUGCACUAGGGUGUGUCAGCAGUACCUUCUUUUUGAGAAUCUCCCAAGAAAACCUCAAGAAGUUCCUUCUGAGAAUUCUUCAGGAGUUCCUGGAGAAAACCCUAAAUCGAAUUCCUGGAUUGGCCCGUACAGGGAAAAGUACCUCGUUUCGUAGUUCAUGUUCGACAGCUUCACGAUCCGCGCCCACUCCUUCUUCAGACAGCUUCCGGAAGCAGGCAACGGCUUCUGCUUUUCAAAUCGGCGAGUUACACGUGUCUCGCUAAUGACCUGUUCGAGGACCAGCAGAGUCUGAACCAGGUGCGGGAACAAAUGAAAAACACGUCUACAAGGCUGAACGCAAAGAGAAAGUUUUAUUUUAAUUAAACUUACAAUAGGUAAAUAACGUAAACAGAAGCAACCAGGUUGCUGCGAUCGAUUCUCACGUCAACGACUUAGAUCCAAAACAAUGUUGCCAUUAGCAACCAUUUCGACACGCUUUCCUCCGUCUCCGCCAUCACGUUGAUGUUGCACUAGGGUGUGUCAAAUCUUUCAGAAGUUCCUUUAGGAAAUCAACCAGAUGCUGUUUUUUUAGAAUUGUUUCUAGAAGACCUCCAGAAGUUCCUUCUGGGAAUUCUUCAGGCGUUUCUGGAGAAACCCUCGAAUCGAAUUCCAAGAUUACUAUCCAUAAGUACUUCUCGAGGAAGUCUCAGGCUAAACUAUUGUAGGAAUCGCUAAAGGAUUACUGAAAAAAAACCUGAACGACCUUGCGGAGAGAUCCGGCGGGAAACUUUGGGAGAAAACACAUAAAAACCUCUGGAAGAAACUCCUGUAGGAACUUUUGGAGAAAAACAAGGAGAAUGUGAGAAAUCCUGAAAAAAAACAAUAGAAAUAAUCUCUUGUUGAAAUCCCGUGAGAAACUGGUAGAAUUCCUUGUAGAAUUUCUGGAAGAAACUCCUGAAAACAUCUCGAAGAGAUUCCACGAGCAUCCGGGAGAAACUCCGUAAAAACCUCUGCAAGAAUUCCCGGGAGAAACUUUUAAAGAAAUCGCAGUAAGAAAUCCCAGUAAACUUCCUAUAGAAACACCGGGAGGUACUCCGAGUGAAAAAUCAUUAUUUCCAUGUUCAAACGAUAAGCAAUCUAACAUUUCGAUUUAUUUUUCGUUACAAUCAACUUAUCCUUUGUAUUAGCCUAAUCUCAUCUAUCUCGAAUUGAUAUUAUUGCGACGAAAGAAUCUCAUUGUUCGAAUUUAUAUUGUCAAGAUGCGAUCAUCAAACUUAGGUCCUACCUUUCCCCCCUAAUCCUACGAAUCAACAGAAGAGAGCUUUCGAUGUCUCCAUUCGUUAGCCAUGCAUCUGCCAAAACAACCCCCCUUUAUAUAAAAACAAGAAAACCCAUGACCGAUGUUCGCUGUGCGUUCGUUCCCAAGUUAGAAAACUCAAGAAUCUUUAUAGUACGAGGAAAGGGGCAUAAAAGUAGCACUAGUACUACCUGCAGUAAUCUCAACACAAUGCUGAAAUGGACAAUCCUAGUAGGAUCGAUGCAAAUUUAUGGAAACUUAAGCAAAACAAAAAAAAACACGUUUGUAACACACAUUGGAAAUUGUAAUUGGAUGUUGUGUCAAAAUAAAAAAACAAAGUAUUAAAUAUCAACCCAUUUAAAAGGAAGAAACGUACCUACAUUGCUUUUCCCAGGCGCUCAGGAAGCCAGGAAAUAAAACCAGAAGAAUUAAAAACAAAAGUAUUAGACUAAAGAACAAAGUAAAACACAUACACAAAAGGUGAUGUUCCUGAAAGGAAGCGCAAAACCGAAAAAAAACAGAGAACAAAAAAGCAAAUAUAGAAACGUGAAAACAGAUUUCGGAACAAACAAAAAAAGCAACGGAAAAAGGGGUAUAAAAAAACUAAAAUCAAAGAACAAAAAGAAAAUGCAAACAAACAUAAAAGUGAAACUCUUAGAAACUAAAUGGCUGUUUUACUAUUAUAUACAUAUUUUCGAAGAGAGUAAACAAAAGAAAGAAUGGUUCUGGUAACAAAUCAGUAUAGAAAUAUAAGCGAAACGACGCAACCCAAAUCGGAAGAGGAUAUACAUAGUAUUACUAUUAAUGUUAUGGUUACAUUAUAUUACUGCUGAGCUACUACGACGACGGUUGCCACCACCUGAACGCGGUGGGUUGUGGUAGGUAUUUGGAGAAGCAAAGUGAAAACCCGAAAACUGUAUCAACCACCCUGUAAUUGUUGAAGAAAAAGUAACAAUGUGUGCGCAAUAAAGCAGAACAUAGUGAAACAC